GAGCGGAAUUCAGUCGCACCGCUGUUCUACCAUCGUCGUCGGCGUGUGCGGGGAGCUCGCUAGACGCGGGGGUCAUCGGGAAAUCAUCGUCGCUAUCGUCGUCGUCCGAGCAGUCUGCAGCCCGAGCAGCCCCUGUCGAAAGGGAUCGAUAGGAAGCACUGUCGUUCCCGGUUUGUUCGGAGGUUGCUCGCGUCGGUGACAGUGGACGCUGGUGGACGCUGGUGGACGCUGGUGGACGCUCGUGUUGGUGGCCGUUCAUGUCCCCUCACCAGAGAGAUGAUACUUUCAGUGCUGUUCCUGCUGGCGCCUCUGCUGUUCGUCGAAGGAUUCCUGUUCGGCUUCCGUCCGGUUACCCCGAAAGACGUGGACCGGCAGGGAUUCAACGUCUACUGGAACGUGCCGACCUUCAUGUGUCACAAAUACGGGCUGCGGUUCGAGGAGGUCGCCACCAAAUUUGGGAUCCUCCAAAACAAGAUGGACGAAUUUCGAGGGAACCAGAUCACGAUCCUUUAUGACCCCGGCAUGUUCCCGGCGCUGUUAAAGGACUCAAAUGGACACGUCGUGCGUAGAAACGGCGGUGUGCCGCAGGAGGGCAACCUUACCAGGCACCUGGAGGUCUUCCGGAAACACCUGACCGAGCAGAUCCCGGACGAAUCGUUCCACGGCAUCGGCGUGAUCGAUUUCGAAAGCUGGCGACCGAUCUUCCGACAGAACUGGGCAUCCCUUCAGCCGUACAGAGACUAUUCCGUGGAGCUGGUCCGGGAACAGCACCCGUUUUGGGACAGCAAGACCGUGGAGCAAGAAGCGAAGCGGAGCUUCGAGAAGUACGGCAGACUGUUCGUCGAGGAGACCCUGAAGACCGCCAAGGAGUGCAGACCGGCGGCCAGUUGGGGUUACUACGCUUAUCCCUACUGUUACAACCUGUCGCCGAACCAGCCCAGCUCGCAGUGCGACAAAACCACCAUGUUGGAGAACGAUAAAAUGUCGUGGCUGUUCGAGCUGGAAGACGUCCUCCUGUCGUCGGUCUAUUUGAGGCUGAGCCUGACCGCCGGCGAGAGAGUGGGCCUGGUCGGUGGCCGAGUGAAAGAGGCCCUGCGGAUCGCGAGGCAGUCGACACCGAGGAAAAAGGUUCUGCCUUAUUACUGGUACAAGUACCAGGAUCACAGGGACACCUAUUUGAAUAAGGCUGAUCUCGAGACCACUCUCGGCAAGAUCUCGGAUCUCGGCGCGGACGGGCUCAUAAUUUGGGGCAGCUCUAACGAUAUCAACACCAACGAGAAGUGCCUGCGGUUCAGGGAAUACCUGAACAAUGAUCUGGGCCCCAUCGUGGACCGGGUCAGGCGAGCCGCGCUCGGCCCGACCAUCUACGAGACGCGGAACGAUCCUCCGGACGUCAGCGUCGAUCAAGAAUACAGGCCACUUUCCACCGCCCGCGGCUCGCCCCACCCGAAAGCUAGGUGGUCCGGACCGUCCCCGAACAUCUCGAACGAACCGCGACGGGCCCCGAUCUCUACAGAACGGAAACAGGGACCGUUCCGCACAACGAACCGACGGAGAAAACGCGCGCGGCGUCCCGUUUUUCUUCCGAUUCAACCGAAUCCGUUCCAUCGGCGUUUCUUCCGAGAGUGGUGCGUAGUUCGCGACGUCGCUGACGCACACCGAGGGAUCAUGGGAUCGACGUGUCAUCUGACGGUGGCGGUCCUGCUGCUCGUCCAGUCGACCCUUCUUCUCGCGCACCGAGAGCACAAGGUCCACAACAUCGUGCUCUACCCUGACAAGCACAGCUGGUGCAAGACAACCCCCAUCAAGCAGGUAGUCACAUGGCCGCAGUGUUCCUCGAAGGAGUUGGACAACAACGUGUGCGUCGGCGCUUGUUUCUCGUACAUGGUGCCCCAUAGCGAGCCGUCCGCGCCCGGCGACCUCAUCAGGCCAUACUGCGACUCGUGUCAGCCCCUCGACAGCGUCUGGCACACGGUGACCCUGGACUGCAAGGACGAGGACAACAACCCGAUCACGAUGCAGAAGAAGGUGCAGAUCAUCACGAACUGUUCCUGCAGCUCCUGCAUGGAGACGUCCCGGAUCAAGCCGGACUACAACACGCUCCUGCAGUCCCUGACCGAAGAGAAUCUGGACAAGAACGUGAACAUCGUGCACGAGACACCGGACCUUCUCCUAAACCCGAACUUGAACGCCUCGAAGAACACGACGAGAGACGGGGUGAAGGCCGACGAGCGUUUCCUGCAGCUGUACAAACACCUGAAAGACUCCAAGAAGCUGGACGAGACCGGCGAGGGCUUGUUCUCGAAGUUCGAGGAGGACAUCGACUUGGAGCAGUUGAGGGAGAUGAUGAAGAAGUACGAGCAGGACGAGGAGAAGCAGCACUCGCACCAGCACCAGCAUCAGCAUCAAUCUACUGGGAAACAACAGCAGCAGCAACAGCAGCAACAGCAACAUCACCGAGGACCCCAUCACUCCGUGGUACUGGACUCGGAUGUCAAGGAGAAAAUCGACGUGGAGCCGCAUUAUCUCCAUCCUGCGGUCCCCGGCCAGGAAAUCAGCUAUCACGACAACGUGCUAGUGGACAAGGACAAGAAGAAGGACUUCUGAGCUCGGUCGAGAUCGUGUAGGAUCGUUUCUUUAAUCGUUUAGGAUCGUUCGUUCGGCCUAGUUCAAUCCGCAGUCGAUUCGAUUCACUAAUUCGGCAUUCGAAUUAAUUUCGCGCUGUUAUUUUUAGUAAAAGCUGGACGAUGUUUCGUGGUUUCGUUUUGCAAAUUGUUUCACGAGCCGAAGACUGUUCGAUCGGAUUCGCUUGGAUUGGGCACGGGAUUCAAAUGUGCAUGGGAGUUAUUGAGAGAGAGAGAGAGAGAGAGAGAGAGAGAGAGAUGAAAUUCUAAUAUAUAUUUAAUUAUUAUUAUUAUUAAUUAACUAUUUAACGUACUCGCGCGUUUAAUAAAGGAAAAUCGUUUGUAAUUAUCCCCCAUCCCCCUUAGCUCUCGCAAUUUUCUAGAGAACGUCCGUGGGCCGUUCGCCUCCUUUUUUUUUAUCUUGUUGACUGCUUUGAAAAGUAUACACUGUAUCGAUUGUCUCGCAGAGAAUAAAGGAAGAGUCGGCACGAUA